CACUGACUCCUCCUCCUUCACGUGAACGCGCCUUAAGCCGAAUUAGAAAAUCCAGGGUUAACAAAGCUCGCGGGCUUUCAGCCUCUUCCCGCCGGCCGCCUCCUCCCGCCAACCGCCGCGCGCACACUUAUUGAUCACAGGAGGAGUGAGGUGACCAGCCGUGGGAUCGAUUAGGCCGGGCUGCGAUCCGUCUCGCGGCCGCAGGGUUCCGAUCUGAUCAGUAAAUCUAGCAUUGAAACAUCUCGGAUAACUGCGCGCGCACGCUGCGACAGGAAGGGGAGAGCAAUCGAUCCCCGAGAACCCGGAUCACAGAGUCCAUGAGAGGUGAGACCAGAGAGGGAUUUCCAGAUGAUGAAGAAGAACGAGCGGGCUCAUUUCUUCAGCUCCAAAGAGCAGGAACUGAUCCUGAGGUUGUACGAGGAGGAGAAAGAAAUACUGACGGCCAAAUCCAACACGACCAGCGCCUCGAAGCUGAGAGAGGAAGCCUGGCAGAGGAUCGCUGACAAAAUAAACGCGGUGUCCGACAGCGGCUAUAAGAGGUCGUGGCAGCAGGUGAAGGUCAAACAUAAGAACAUCGUUCAAACAGGUAACAAAACAAACUCCAUCCUCCAACAGAAUGACCUCCAGCCGAGCUUUAACUCUCUAAUCCGUCCUCACGCAGCAAAAAGACGACACGCCGAGGUGACGAGGACCGAGGGGGGCUCGGCGACCCCGUCCCUGACCUCCGCAGAGGAAGACGUCCUGCAGCACAAAGACGCCACGCUGAGGCUGGAGGUCCUCCCCGGGGGCAUCGAGCCUCUGACCGGGUCCGAGAGCUCUUUCAUCAGCGUCUCAGGCCACCCCGUCCUCCUGCUGCCCGUAACCAAGACGGAGCCGGAGAGCCUGAGCAGCGACGAGACCGACGUCAGCGACACGCAUUUCGAACGAGACGUGAACAGCAGCAGCUUCCAGGAGAGAGCCGACUCGUCGUGUCCCGCCGCCGCCGCCGCCGCCGCCGGCAGGGGCGCUCAGAAGCAGACCGAAGACAUCCGAGCGCUCUACUGCUGCUACCUCAGGAAGGAGAUCGAGAACCGCGAGCAGCAGAUGGCGUUCAGGGCGCUGAAGAUGAGGAAGCUGGAGAAAGAAAUAUUACUACUCGAUAAACAGCUGAUGUAGAAACACUUUUUAUCUUCCGAUGAGUAACAAAAACGACAACAACUGAUUCAUUUAAGGUCAGACGGUUGUAAUAAACGGCUUCAGUCACAUGAUUGCCCCCGGAGGUUGUUGUCACGUGACUUACUCACAGUUUAAAGGGAACUUACGACCACGUCAGAUGAGUGAUGUAGGAACUCUUUUAUACGCGUUUUAAGAGACAAUAAUUUAACAUUUUAACUUAAAUUUUGUUUUCGGUUGCAGUCACUGACGGGCGGAGGUCUAAUCUGACGGGCGGAGGUCUAAUCUGACGGGCGGAGGUCUAAUCCUCGCUGCUAAAGCUCUGACAUCAACACUUAUUCCUUAUUUUAGAGGUUUUUUUAAUGGAGUCUGGUCCUUGAGUUGGAUUAAACACGACAAUGAAACACUAAUAUAGAACGACGACACUCGAUACCUCAAGAAAAAUGUUCCUGCACACAAAAACAACACGUUUGUAAUAAUGUUAAUUUAAUUAUUUAAUCUUUUUCUUCCCCCGUUUGUUUCAUCUGAGCAGCUUCGGGGUGAAAGUCCAACGAUAAAUCUGUUUUUAUUUGUAUAUUUUCUUUAGUAUCGACACUUCUGACGACCUUAAC